UUAGUCGCUGUUUGAUAGCCAUACUUGGACCAACUACUGGCGAACUAUAAAAGAGGGAACGGCUCCAUCAGUCUUCAGUUCAGUUCGAGGAUCAUGAAAUUCCUGACCGUAUUUGCAUUCGCCUGUGUGGCAACAUUUGUGGUGCUCCACGGCGCCUACGGCUCCCCACUGCCGGAGCCCGUUCCCGAUCCGAGUCCGGUAGCCGAUCCCAGUCCGUCUGCCGAUCCGAGUCCAGUGGCCGAUCCGAAGCCCGUUGCCGAGCCAUCUGCCAAUCCAGAGCCCGCAACCAACGCAAGGGCAGAACCAGGUCCGAGGAGCAAGCCGAAUCCCAGUCCCUUGGCAGCAGCAACUCUUUUGGAGGCCAAUAAGCAAGACAACUUGGCGAUUCCGCUCCUAGAAGCUGCUCACCCAAAGCUGGACGAUGUUCAGGGCGAUGCCCAGCCGGCUUAGUGGGUGCAUGACCCCACAUCAAGGAGCAGCAGCAGCAGCAGCUUAAUCCAAUUGGAGCCUGCACAC